UCCAAGGAUCUUGCUUCGCAUGAUUGCCAUGGGUUUUGAAAUGUCAUUUUUUGAGCCAUGGAUAUCGAGAGAUAAACUAGAAAGGUUUCAUACGACUGAAGAGGUGACCCCUGGCAUGCCUGGUUUGGAAGAUCUUGGCGUUACACCCACUUCACUGGAAGCCGCUGCCAUAUUUGGUCUGCGGCGUCACCGUGCUGCUAAACACUUUGAAGAAGCUGUGGAAGAAGCGGAACCAGCAAAACCUAUUAUUUAAUGUCACAGCGAUAGGAAAUUUAUUAUUAGUUUGCUUUUCAGAAUGUAAAAAAAAAUAUUGGAUUUUUUCCGUUUAUUGCAUUUGUGUAAAACACCCCACACUGAAAUAAUUAGUAACACUUUUAGAGAAAAAAUGUCUAUGCUCUACAGCAAGUUUACUGGGAACUACAUCAUUGUGUCAACUCCUUGAAUGUAUAUCAGGACAGACCACACAUACCCAGUCACAUUUUGCAACUCAGUGUAGUGAUUUCAUUAAAACAAUGUAUAAUAUUACCAGUAAUAGGAGUUUUGAUCCUAAUAAAAGACACUUGUGUUGACAAAGUCUCUUCUGAUGAAUAAUCAAAUAUAGCAAGAUAUCAUCUUUGUGGUUUUAGUAUUAAUGAGUCGAAUACAUUGUGAAUAAUGCAGUAUUAAAUUUACUGAUCACUGGUAUAGUGCUAGAUGUUUUUGCAUCAGACUCUUGAUUGGUAGUUUAAAUCCAACCAUAAAUUCCCAUCCCAUCCGCAAAUAUAUGCAUCUAUUUUCAGUUUACUUCCAGACAGAAUGGCAGUGAUUAAACUUGAAUUGUUAAUUCCUGGGACUGAAUUUAAAGUGAAAUUGAUGCCACAACCCUUAAAAAUCUCAUGGCUGCUGCCUCAGCAGACUAAUUGUGUAACACGAGCUCCUUUGUGAAUUGAUUUCAUUACCAUGGAAGGAAGGUUCUUAGUUUUGAUUUCAUGUGCAUGUUUAAGUGUAGGUAAUUGCAUGAGUUUGUGUGUUAGCACUAGGCAUUUUGCCUACUGUGCUUAAGGACAGCUGUCAAGAUGCUAAUGAUAGAGCAAAUGGUGAAUAAAUAUUUUAUUGAACAACUUU